AUGGCGGUCUGCGACAAGUGGGUCGCGCUGAAGAUAGUCGAGUUCUUGAUGUGCGUCGCCUGCUUGGUGACGAAACGUAUAUCUCAAGAUGAUGAGGCUCGGCUGGCGCUGCUGCUGCAGAAGCUGUCGCGAGAGUGGUCGCUGCUCACCUCCGUCACAUGGGAUUCGGUGGGAGGAGCCUUCGCGGACGCCAUAUAUGGAGGCUACGUGAUCAUCACAUUCGGGCUGAUAGUCGCGCGCGUCUUCCAGGAGAUACCGAGAGGGAGGCGGAUACUUGAGGGAUACUUCCUCGGCUUCGGCAUGCUGUUCUUCUUGAUCCUUGGUGGACUAGAACUAGCAUCCCUUGACUCCGUGCCGAGAUCGUUGGUAGUGAAUGCUUCAGUCCUUGGCAGUUUCUCGCUUGUCGUCGCCGCCUUGUUCUUCAUAGACCUCAUGGGCCCUCGGAUAUACACCACUACGCAGAACUCACAAACAGACACUGGCAUCGUGUCUUCGCCCAAAAGCGAAAAGAAAGUGUCCAUUAUCUCAUCACCUAACUUAAAUGGAAAUAUGCCAAAAACUGAUUUAGCCAACGGCAAAACAAAUGGACAACCUAACGGGCAUGCUAACGGACAUGUUCCCCCCGAAAGACUAAAAGAUUUGGAUUUAGAGAAGAAUUUGCCUGACAAGGAUACAAAGAAAGAAGAAAUGACACUAUUCGCACAGUCGAAAACGAGCUACCCUAAUUUCGAGGAUACUUUAGAGAAAGAUGAGCUACAAAAAUCUAAAUUUGGAUCGAUACGCAACGGCUUAGAAGCUGGGAAUUAUGUGCGACUGAAUGAACCUUUGUCUAUACCUGAUAAAUUCCACUACGAGCAAGAAUUAGCCAAAUUCAAUGAAAAGUACCUCAGAGACUACCUCGAUAACUUUGCAGGUAAGCUCUCAGUGAGAGAGGACUACUUGCCUGAGCCGCAGACGCCUGUGUUCGCCAAAGUAAAGACUGGACGAUUAAAAGACUUGUACGACGAAAUGUCUCCAAGUUACGAACAAAAGCGGUCUAAAUCCCCGACUAGGGCCAAGACAGUACCGUCACCGACUUUGCAACAACUCGAAGACUACUUGCGAGGGUCGACAAGGUCGAAGAGGGCGGAUACGCCAGCUCUAUUUCCCAUGGAGCCAAUUGAAGAGAAAGAAACCACAGACACGGAAGGCAGAGCGUCCGGUACCCCCACGGACCCCGGAUACGUGCAGUACACUGCCGGCAGGUGGCCGGACAAGACCAGAGAUUUACGGACACCGAGACACAGUCCGACCAAGUAG